AAGAAGAAGAGACAGUUGCUUUUUGUUCUUUCUUUUAUGUUUAAUUUGAGAACAAUGGUUGGCCAUUGGAGUUGGGGUUUGAUGGAAGAUGAAGUUUGGAGGAAAGGACCUUGGACUGCUGAAGAAGACAGACUGCUUAUGGAAUAUGUCAGAAUAUAUGGUGAAGGAAGAUGGAACUCUGUCGCUAGGCUUGCAGGAUUGAAGAGAAAUGGGAAGAGUUGCAGACUGAGAUGGGUGAACUAUCUAAGGCCUGAUUUGAAAAGAGGACAAAUAACCCCACACGAAGAAAGCAUAAUUCUUGAGCUUCAUGCUAGGUGGGGCAACAGGUGGUCGACGAUUGCCCGAAGUCUACCGGGACGAACCGAUAACGAGAUAAAGAACUAUUGGAGAACCCAUUUCAAGAAAAAGGCAAAAGACAGUUCCGAUGCAAAUGGGAAAGCAAAAGCUCGUCUCUUGAGAAGACAGCAAUUUCAUCAACAACAAUUGCAGCAGCAGCAACAACAACAACAAUUCAAUCCAACGGAAAUGAACAAAAUCAUGGCUCUUCUUGAAGAACAACAUGACAAAAACAACAAUAAAUCAGAAACUUUAUCUUCAUCUUCUGCAUCAGAGGCAGAGAAGAAACAAAGCAUCUCAAAUUUCUACACACAGACAACUGAUAAUAAUGAGCAAAGUUUGACAUCUGAGCUGAUCAACAACAAUGUCUUUGUACUGCCUGAAAUGUUGAGUGAAGGGCUUGAUGUGGGAUGGGCCAUGGAGCUUGGAGGAUAUAAUCCAUGGCAAUGGCAGCCUUAGUACAUAUACAUAUUUUUUUUCUUUUCUUAAAGCCUUUUUCUGAAUUGGGUUUUGGUUUUUACAAGAAGAGGCUUUGGAGUUUUAAAUAAUGUAAUUGAGAAGAAAGCAAGUUUGAGAGUUGAUGUUCUUCAUCAAGUUAGUCAAAUCAUUGACUGUAGUGUACUAGUGUACUAGUGUUUUGUGUUUUUGUUUUCCAAAUGGACCAUCAAGCUUUUAAUGCUUGAAUUAGAACCCAAGAAAUAAUUAUAAAUAAUUAGUUUUACAAA